AUGCACCACCCUCCGCCCGCUGAUCAGUCGACCUUCGACUCGCAGGCGCGGUACAACCUUCAAGCCACCGAGGAUGUCGACGACGAGCAGCAUAUCGUCGAGGAGGAGAAGAUGCGGACCAUCCAGUUGCCGAAACGACCGAGCUAUAAGCCGAAGCCGUUGCGAUGGCCGUUCAUUGCUGUCGUUAUUCUUCUGCUAGGGAUCCUCAUGAGUUUGGUCAUUGUCGCCAGGACGACGAUGCCCAACUCUGACAGCACGGCGACCAUUGAGCCCAGGCAUAUCUUGGUGUACCGGCAAAACAAUACUUCGGCUGAGCAGUCAAUGUCGGCUGAUCUACCGCCGUCAACGUCCCCGGCCGAACCCAACUCUACACCGGCAACAACGGCCUCCACGGUAGCCGCUACGCCGAGUUCUCUGACCGCAGCGAGCCUUCCUACCAGUAUCGGCCCCGACCUACCAAUCAGUUCUGAAUCUCAGAUUCAGGCAAAAUCUGAACAGCUAUUACGAGCCUCGGAGUCAUCCACAUUGCUUAGUCGCUCUAUUUUGGAGGUGCCAUCUCCAGGGGUGUCAUCUUCAGUAAAACAUGAAGUAGUGCCCACGUCAGAUCACGCCGUGGUAGCAACUGAUCAACCGACCAUCACUGUGGUUCCGGAGUCAAGUCCGUCUGACGAGACUGUUCGGACGUCUUCGAAGAAUCCUAUUACCACUACGGCUCCGGAGCCAACGGACUCGACAUCAUUCUCACCGAAGACCAUCGUGGAGACCACAAGCACCGCUUCUGAGAGACAAACUACAUCCUCUAUCAACUCGAAAGACAGCACCGUAUCAACAGGUCCAGCAUCCGGUUCCACAUCCGCCAAGACAGGAACAACUUUAGACCGCGAGUCAAAGCCUGCGUCGUCGACGGAGUCAGAACGCAGUUUUGACGCAACUUCAUCAAGCACAGGGCGCCGAGAGAAAGAGCGCCCAGCCAUCACCGAUACUAGUUCUGGACCCGAGAUCACGUCGUCCACGUCAAGUACCAGUCACAAUCCGUUCAGACUGCCCGUUAUCACCAGCGAAUUCACAACCACCAUCACCAAACCUGGUUCCACCACAACACCAACGAGGUCACUAUCCAUGUGCCUUCGACUUUCACCUCAACCGGAAAGACAACGAUGCCAGGAACCCAUGGCGUAA